AUGAAGCAAGAACUACAGGGUUUGGGUUUUUGGCGUGCUGCCCUUGCAGAGUUGAUAGGGACAACUGUGUUUGUCUUUUGUGGUAUUUCUGCAGCAAUUGGGAAUGGGAACAGCAGCUAUCCAGAUCAGGAAGUAAAGGUAGCAUUAGCCUUUGGGCUAGCCAUUGCUGUCUUGGUUCAAAGUUUAGGCCCUAUCAGUGGAGCCCACCUGAAUCCAGCUGUCACGCUUGCUAUGUUGGUUAGCUGCCAGAUUAGCAUGUGCAGGGCAUUGUGGUACAUUCUGGCUCAGGUGACUGGGGCUGUGAUUGCUAGUGGCAUUGUUCUGGGAGUGAGACCAUCAGUAGUAAAUUCGUUUGGGCUGAACAAGCUGAAUGGUGUCAGUCCAGGACAAGGCUUUGGAAUUGAGUUUCUCCUCACACUCCAACUGGUGCUAUGUGUCCUAGCAACAGUGGAUAAAAGGAGGGACAACAUAGCUGGUUCAGCUCCAUUUGCCUGUGGGCUCUCUGUGGUUCUGGCUCACCUUGUAGGAAUUAGUUACACUGGAUGUGGCAUCAACCCUGCUCGAUCUUUUGGCCCAGCUCUAGUCUCUGUGGAGUUUGAACACCACUGGGUGUUCUGGGCAGGGCCACUAUGUGGUGGUGUUGUAGCUGCACUCCUCUAUGACUUCGUCCUGUUUCCUAAAGGUUCAGACUUUGUUGGCUGGCUCAAGGUUUUGUGCCAUGGGACUGAAGUGUCAGGUGCAGAGAGUGAACCCCUCCUUGAGGAUGGCGCUCCUGCCGCUCAGUGGGACAAAUCAUGA